AUGUGCAACAAACCAAUGAUGACAUCGUCUCCCCCACACUCUCAACCAAGCCUGGCCCAGAACGUAGUCCUGGAUUUUCUUUCAGCCUGGACUCGGUUCAUCAGACUGCUGCAUAUUCUCUACAUACCUUCUCAUAGAAAAAGCUAUUCGAGUUAUACUUGCACAAUGCCUCCCACUCGUCGCCGCGGAGGUAAUACUGCCGCCACUCGUUCUAACCAGGCGACCCUCUCGUUCGGCUCCAAGUCCAGAGUCACGAAGCCAUCAGCAGCGCCCACCACACGCUCUCAGAAAGCCAAGGAUCUCGACUUGAUUGACGCUUCUCGAUCAAAUACUCCAUCAGUAGACGAUGUAUCCGAAGCAGAACAGGUUUCUGUUACUGCCACGGAGCCUUCGCAGCCCCAUGUGGCAGAGCUUGCCGUGAGGCAGCAGGCUCGGGCGGAGAUUGAGCAACCACGGUCAGAAGAGGAUGCUAAGGCGGAGAAGAUCACCGAAAGGCAACUGCAACAGUACUGGAAGAAGGAAGAGGCAAAGAGACAAGGGCCUAGAGUUCACCAGGAGGGCCUCGAUCUACGAGAGAAGAUACUACGCAACUUCGACCUUUCAAGUCAAUACGGGCCUUGCAUUGGAAUUGCUCGACUCAAGCGAUGGAGACGUGCGCAUACGCUAGGCCUCAAUCCUCCCCUCGAGGUGUUGGCAGUGUUGUUGAAACCAGACGAGGAUACUAAACAGAGGGCGUAUAUUGACGAGCUGAUGUCUUGA